AUGGAAGGUCUACCCUCUCCGUCGACACCUCUUGAGCCCUUGACCUCUCUCGAGCUGCCGCCAAAGAUUUGGGAAGAUUCCAUUUCUAACUGUAUCACCAUACUCCUGGAGAAAGGAACAAGCAUUUACGAAUACGAAGUGACAUUUUCUUCUCCUGUGGGAGACAGAGGACAGCUUGAUAACAUGCUCUUUUGUCAACACAAGGACAUACUGCGUGGAGGAAUCUUUGAUGGGGUAACAAUGUACCUUCCCCAUGAACUAGAGGUCGAAUCAGUAACCAGCAUCAAUUUAGUAACCAAUGAGGAACACGAAGUAACAUUUGUCUAUAGAUCAAAGGAUUCAUUGGAAAAAAGUAGACACUUUUACAACUCUCUCCUCAACAAAAUCAAGAGUGAGUUGAAGCUCCAGUGGAUUGUGAGAGAACACUUCAGUCCAAAUGGAGCACAGACAAUUCCCCAACAUCAGUUAGAAAUAUGGCCAGGGAAUGUUAGUGAGAUUUUUACCGAAAAAGGAAGUGUGAAGAUAAGGUGCGACUCAUUUGAUUCUGUGCUGUUCCGACCCAAACAAACAGCCCUUCAAGUAAUCGACGAUGUAAUCCAUCAAACUAGUGGCAACCAAUGGAAGGAGGUUGUGCAGAAACACCUGAUUGGACAGUGGGUCAUGACACGCAGAUACAACAAAGUUUACUCUAUUGAUGAUAUUGAUUUCUCAAUGAACCCUACGAGCACAUUUACUUGUGCUGAUGAUACUGAGAUGACUUACAUUGAUUACUACAUGCGAAAGGGCAUCGAGAUUCGUGACAAAAAUCAGCCUCUUCUGGUUCAUCAUUCUAAGAGAUCUGCUGGAAAUUUGAAAAUAAUAUUAGUGCCAGAAAAUUGCACAAUGAUACGUCGUGAUGUCACACAUACUGGCCAUGUCACACUAGAAGAAAGAAAAUCUGCCACGCAGAAGUGGAUAAAAAACUUGAGAAGCAACCCUAGAUGUGUGAAGUUGUUGGAGGAGUGGGGGUUGCAGGUGGCAGAAAUUCUUGUGGAGGAGUGUGUUACUCUUCCAGGCUAA